AUGGAGCAGUUGCCGUCUCUCAGCGUGCUGUCGGACGUACCGUCCUUGCCUCGUUGCGUUCGGGAUGGCCCUGGAGAGUAUUCCGAUCUGGUGGCUUCAAGUCCGUCGUCGACGGCUCCCGUAGUAUGCGGUGUCUGGAAUGCGGAUGACGUCGAGGAUGGCAAGGAACAAUUUACGGCUGAAUGGGACGAGAUGAAAUACGUUUUAACAGGCGAGUCAGAAUGGGAAGAUGCCACCUCUAGACGGCGCUUUAUCGCCAAGUCGGGCAGUAUGAUCUGGUUUCCAAAAGGGUCGACCUCGGUGCUUGUGAGGAGCAAAAACCUGAGCACCAUCUACGUGGAAUCAGAGUAUCGGAAGCCGUUGUCUGGCACAGAGCUCGCAAGCAAAAUAAACUUAUCUGAUAGAUUGGACGCGUUAUAUGAAUCAGUCACUGAGUCAUACUCUGCCGCGAAUCUAAAAUCCCAAGCCAAUCACGAAGAGGCUCUCAAGUAUAUGCCAGGCGGUAAUACACGCUCUGUUCUACACUAUUAUCCCUUCCCAAUGAGCAUCAAAUCAGGCAAGGGGUGUCGUGUCACCUCGUUAGAUGGGCAUGAAUAUCUGGAUUUCGUGUCCGAGUUCUCGGCCGCCCUUUUCGGACAUUCUCACCCUGACAUUGUCACGGCCGUCCAAAAUACUGUUCAGAGCCGAGGUUUCAAUCUGGGAGGUACUAGCGAGAAUGAAGUCAUCUUGGCUCGGCACAUUGUUCAUCGAUUUAGGAGCAUAGAGAAAGUGCGAUUCACAAACUCGGGUACCGAAGCCAACACAAUGGCACUCGCAGUAGCGUUAGCACACACCGGACGUAAAAAGAUACUCGUCUUUGCCGGAGGUUACCACGGGGCGUUCGCACACUUCGGCGCGGCCGGCCCAAAUGCUCUGAAUCUGCCACACCAAUUUGUUAUCGGUCAAUACAACGAUACCAGCUACAACAACAAAUACAUCACCGAAGAACUCGCUGCUAUCUUAGUUGAACCAAUGCAGGGCGCAAACGGAAUGAUACCAGCAAGCAAGGCAUUCCUUGAAUACCUGCGCAACGCAGCUACGGGAACCGGUGCAAUCCUCAUCUACGACGAGAUUAUAACGUCGAGGUUCCAUAUGGGAGGACUACAGGAAUACCACGGGAUCUAUCCAGAUAUGACCACGGUUGGUAAAUACCUGGCGGGUGGCUUCAGCUUUGGCGCAUUUGGUGGACGCGCAGACAUAAUGUCUGCUCUCAACCCCAACGGGUUGUUCCAUUCCGGCACCCACAACAACAACACCUUCUCUAUGGCUGCCGGCGUUGCCGCCAGUAAGAUUCUGACAGCAGAGAGCAUAUCACGCAUCAACGCUCUCGGAGAGAAGCUUCGAGAAGGCAUUAACGAGAUUGUGGCUCGUUAUAAAAGCGAUUGGCUGCAGGCAACGGGCUUUGGGAGCACGAUUGGUCUUCACUACAGCGGUCCUUAUCCAACGAGACUCCGGGAUACGUUUUUCUUCUUCCUGAUCAGCAGGUCCAUUUAUAUUGGGAAGAGGGGCUUCCUCUCGCUCAACUUGAUGCACGAAGAGAAGGAUGUGGAUUACGCGCUUGCUGCAGUCGAGGACUUCUUUCGGGCGCUCCAGUGA